AUGUUUUGUCUUGCAGACAGCAAUAACCUAAACAUUGAACAAAAUGACUCCUGGGCCUCUGAGAACUUCUGGCUUGACCCUUCUGUGAGAGGCCAAUCAGAGACCAAAGAAGAAGACGAUGGCCUUCGCAAAUCCCUCGACAGAUUCUAUGAAACGUUUGGCCAUCUGCGGCCAGCCUCUGCAUCUGGCAGAGGGAAUCGACUCUCUGCAUCUGUCUGCCAGUGCCUGUCUCAGAAAAUCUCUCAACUAAGAGGCCAGGAGAGCCAAGUGUAUGCUCUCCGCAGUUUUCAAAUGGCCCGAGUCAUCUUCAACCGGGACGGCUGCUCGGUCUUACAGAGGCAUUCCAGGGACACCCGCUUCUACCCACUGGAGGAAGGAUGUUUGUCUCUGGAUGACGAGGAGCCAAUUCCAGGACUUUCAAAAGAUAUUAUUAAUUUCCUCUUGCAGCAGAAUGUGAUGAAAGACCCUUAGCUGGCGCCUGGCGGUGCGGGCAGGCAGUACUGGAGGUGUAGUACGUGGCACCCACUGCUGGUGGGCCACCGGAUUCCCUCGGGUCUCUUGCCAGCUCCGUGUGCCCAAUCCCAGCUAAGUGUUUUGUGGUUAAAGGCUGGCUCCUGUGACCUGGUAUUGGAGCCAGUCCACCCAUACGGAGAGCCAGCAGAGUCUGAGAGUUUGAUGUCCCUGUGGCCAUCCCACCGCCAACUCCACUUGGCCAAGGCCACUGACUGACUGGGUUAGGAGUCAAAAGCCCAGCUUGCUUGCCUCAAGGCAAGACAUACCCUGAAGUGUAAUUUAUGCUCCAGAGCUCUCUCCUGUCCUGAUCAGGCUGAGGCUGGGACUUUACAUGAAGUCACACCCUUGCUGGGCUUCAUUCCUUUCCCCAUCCUCCUCCCAUUCAUUCACUGAUGUGUCCAGGA